CCUCCCCUCCCCUCGCCCCGCCCCUCGCCCCGCCCACCCCGAAGUCCUGCCCGUUUUGAUCAGUGAGAAGCAGAAGUCCGGACCGACGGCACGCAGUGGGACGUUUCUUCUGGAACACCCGGACUACAUCAACUUUUUUUCCCCACGUCUCCAUCCCUGCGCACGAUUCCCACAGAGGCGCGUUGUGGCUUUUCCUCCCCGGGGGGUUUGAAAUCGGAGUAGCGGAGCCGCGUCGGCGAUGCCUCAGCUCAGAGGAUCCUCCGUCCCUCGGGACAUUUAAGGACGUCCAGCUGUGUGUGUGAUUUCUCAUUUCUCUUUUUUGUCCCCCCCACCCGCCCCACCCGCCCCCUCCACAUACUUCCGUGACUGCAUGGAUUACAUUCACCAGCCGUAAACACCACCCGGGACUAAAAGUCGAGCCGUGACGCGCGUCCACCCAAAGCGCAGCGGCGUCUCCAAUGAAAUAUCUCCCUUCAGGAUCAGCAAGCACGCGCCUCGAGCUCCACGCGACCCCCAGCGACAGAACCGAGCCCCGUCCCGGUGCCGCGGUGUCUCUGUUGGCCCCUCUGGACCCACUCCGGCAGGCGAAGCGGCUUCCCAUCCGAGUCCUCAAGAUGCUGACGGCGCACACCGCGCACUUGCUGCACCCGGAAUAUUUGCAGCCCCUGACGCCCGCGCCCGUGAGCAUCGAGCUGGAUGCCAAGAAGAGUCCGCUGGCCCUGCUGGCUCAGACCUGCUCUCAGAUCGGUAAACCAGACCCUCCGUCCUCCUCCAAGCCGGCCUCCUCCAGCAGCCAGGGCGACAAGGAGCCCGGCGGCCGGCUGUCCGGCUCCGGCCUGAAGCACGGGGAGCUCCGCCCCUCCCCGGAGGACAAGUGUAGCUUCAAGCCCUACAGCAAAGGCGGGGGGGACUGUCGCAGAGACGGAGUCACCAGCAGCGGCGAUAAAGUCGGGUUCAGGGUGCCCGGCAAUAAUGUCGGAAACCCCGCCGGUGGCCAGCAGUCCUACCCGGCCCCCGCUGCCUCCCCCGGCUCCAGAGCCGGCAGCAGCACCCCCCCAGGGCACGCUCAGCACCACCGCCACAAACUGAGCCCGUCCCCUGGUGGACAGCCGCGCACUCGCACCCCCGGGGGAGAGGGCGCUUACGAGCAGGGCAGCCCCACCAGCACCACCGGCAGCAGUAACAGCGUUGCCAAAAAAGAGCCCGACGGCGACAAGGCCGGCCCGGACAGUCCGCACGACGCCAACUCCGGCCACGGCCGGGCCAUCACGAACUGCAGCAACGGCAGCUCCGACGGGCUCCAACCCGGAGGUGGGGGCAAAGCGGAGUCGGCGCACCCCAACAUGGCCCACGGGCGCAUCACGCCCAUUUCCCCCUACAAGGCCGGCCAGCUCUUCCCCCUGCCCUCCUCCGGCAUGGGCUACCACGGCUCCGUGGUGGGGGCGUACGCCGGCUACCCGUCUCCGUUCGCCCCCGGGAUGGAUCCGACCAAGUCGGGCCUGGGCAUGGGGGGGCCGGGAAAGCACCCGAGCUCCAGCCCUCUCACGGGCGCCUCCCCGCCGUCCUUCAUGCAGAGCUUAUGCAGGGACCCCUACUGCCUCAGCUUCCCCGGCGUGUCCCACCUCGGCGGCGGCGGCAACUGCAACUCCUGCAUCCACGACCCCUCCCCCGCCCUCAAGUCCAACUACCCCCCGCUGGUGUACCCGUCCCACCCGCUGCACUCCCUGCACCACCAAAGCUCCAUGUCGUCCAGCGUGUCCUCGUCCCUGUCGCAUCCGCUCUACACGUACGGCUUCAUGCUCCCCAACGACCCCCUGCCGCACGCCUGCAACUGGGUGUCGGCGGGGGGGCCGUGCGACAAGCGCUUCGCCGCGUCCGACGAGCUGCUGGCUCACCUGCGCACUCACACGGCGCUGCCCCUGGGGAUGGACGGUAAGAUGCUCUCCGUCUCCUCCUCCGGGCCGGCCUCCUGCCACCUCCACCUCCCCCACCAGAGCGGCGCGGGCGCCAUGCACAGCUCCCUGUCUCUCAGGGCGCCGCCGGGCCUGGGCUUAGCUCGCUAUCACCCCUACAACAAGGUCCAUCUGCCCCCCGGCCCGUCCUCCAUCUCCCUGCACUCUCUGCCCAGCACGGGGCCGUACUACCCCCACUACGCUCUCUACAGUCAAAGACUUGGAUCUGCAUCUGCUCUGGGCUACCAGUGAUACCCCCCCCCCCCCCAUUCCCCUCUCCCCACACUGACAUGUUCAGAGGGGACGAUCGGGAUUAUGGGAAAUGCACUUAUUCAAGUCGGAUUGGAAGAUUGAUGAUUGAUAAUCCUCUGG